UUUUUUUUUUUUUUUUUUUUUUUAAGUGAAUAUUUUUAUCACUAGAAGAGUAAACAAUAUAAUGAUUCCAACGAUGACUAUGGAAGCAUGGUUAGCAGAAUUGGAAAUGGAUAUGGAAAUGGAGCCAAAUAAUCCUAGUUUAAUAAACGACCCUUAUCAGCAAAGUGAACCAACUUUUGAAGAACAACUCGCUGCUACACUUGGUAUCGAUUUCCCUUAUCCUAUCGACAUCACCAACGACACGCCCUCUCUUGAGGGAGAUUUUGAUAGUAUUAAUCAAUAUCUAUCCACCCCUCAUAUUAGUGAAAACAACGAUUUUAGUAAUAAUAUUAAUAAUGGAAAUGAUAAAGAUGACAUUGUAAGGUCUGAUGUUCAAAAGAGCCAACCAUCAAAAAAUAAGAAAGAGACGAAGAAGCAAGCAGUGAGUGUUGGUUCAAAGCGAAAACGGCAGCCAAGCCAAGUCCAAGAUCACAUUAUUGCUGAGAGGAAGCGCCGGGAAUUAUUGAGCCAUAUGAUCAUUUCACUCUCUGCUAUGAUUCCCGGCCUUAAGAAGGUCGAUAAAACAACAGUCUUAGGAUCCGCAAUUAAACAUAUGAAGGAACUUCAAGAGAAAGUAAAGGUACUUGAAAGUCUGGUUGCCAAGAGGACUGCGGUAGUAAAAAAUUACUAGGGUUUUUCUAAGUUAUACCCCUAAGGUAUUCGAGUUUCUAAGGUGUACCCAUGCUUUUUCAAGUUUCUAAGUUGUGCCCCUCAACUUACUACCAUUGAUGAAUGGUGCCCUCCUUGGAACUUCCACGUCACCUAAAGUUAACUAUAAAUUUAAUAGAUUGAUGAUAAAAGGUAGGGAAAUGGUAGGAGAAAGAAAUUUUAGCCACCGCAAUCCUAAUAAUGAAAAGUGAAGCCACGAAAUCACACUCUCAAAUAACAUUUAAACAACUAAUAAGGGUACAUUUUAGUAUUGAUAAGGAGUAGAAGGGCACAGCUUAGAAACUUGAAAAAGUAUGGAUACACCUUAGAAACUCGAAUAGCUUAGGGGCAUAGCUUAGAAAAACCCAAAAAACUAAAUUCAAAGCCGACAACGGCAGUAGUGAUGAUAAUGUUUCUUUGUCGACUGUGGAUGACUAUAGUGGUGGUAGCGAUGACGGUGAUUGGUGAUGGUGAUGGUUAUGGUAGUUGUAGUAGUGCUUCAUUACCAGAAAUUGAAGUAAAAUUAAUGGGGAAAAUGCUUAUAUUAAGAGUAUGUUGUGAAAAGCAGAAGGGCAUUUUUGUAAAGUUAUUUGUAGAGGCAGAGAAGCAUGGUCUGUCCGUUACUAAUUUUAACGUUGCACUAAUGAACAACACAGCACUAGAGAUUACCACUAUUGCACAGAUGGAAAGGGGCUAUGACAAGUAUGUAUCAGAUUUGGUUACAACUCUUCGCAACGUCCUUCAUUUGGCUAGCUAACAACCAUCAUUUUGAAUCGAACAAAAUAGAUUUAUAUUAUAGUGUUGAGCUUGUACUUGUUUCAUUUUAGUAAUUUAGUUUAAGCUUAUCAUAUUUGACUUUAACCGAAUAAAAUAGGGAAGUACAUGCGGGCAUGAUAUGGCUGCAUACGCUCUGAUAUAUGAAACAUUUCAAUUUUUGUCAACUCAAACUGUUUAAUGAGGUUGAUAAGGUGGUUGCACACGUAGCAAAAAUAAUAAAGCCGAAAUAAUCCUCCUCAAUCACAUAUAGGGUUGAAAAAUGUAAACUUCUUAAGAAAAUCAAAUAAUAAAAACAUUUAAAAUGAGGUAUCACCACUAGCAUAAUCAAUACAAGACCAAUUUCUACCCAACCAAUCAAUUAUAUGUCCACAAGGAAUAUUAAAAACUAAAAUCUCUUCAGAGUUCUCAAUGUCUUUCCUAAUUAACAAUCAAACCUACUUUCAUGGAAUCAUGAAAAUUAAAGAUUUUAAGUCCCUAACUUCCUAACAAUUC